UAAAUGUUACUCGAAAAAGAAAAUGUCGACGACUUGAUUGAAUUUAGCAAAAUACUCAACUUGAAAUUAUGGGACUUUUAACGAUUUUAAAGAAGAUGAAGCAAAAGGAGAAAGAGAUGAGGAUUCUGAUGUUAGGUCUUGAUAACGCUGGAAAAACAACAAUUUUGAAGAAGUUUAAUGGAGAAGAUAUUAAUACCAUAGAACCCACGCUUGGAUUCAACAUCAAAACCCUCGAACAUAGAGAAUUUAAGCUUAAUAUCUGGGAUGUUGGAGGACAAAAGUCUCUUCGAUCCUAUUGGAGGAAUUACUUUGAAAGUACAGAUGGGUUGAUAUGGGUAGUGGACAGUGCUGACAGACGGAGACUUGGGGACUGCAAGGAAGAACUCAAAGGACUCCUUAUAGAAGAGAGGCUUGCAGGUGCUACACUGUUGGUCUUUGCCAACAAGCAGGAUCUUCCUGGUGCAUUAUCUGCUGAGGAAAUUAGAGACACUCUUGAUUUGGAAUCUAUUAAGACCCAUCACUGGAACAUUCAAUGGUGUAGUGCCGUGACUGGAGAAAAGCUGUUGGACGGCAUAGACUGGAUCAUCUCUGACAUUGCAUCAAGAAUAUUCACUAUGGACUAAUCACAUAACAUAUCAUGUAUCAGAGAUGUCUCUGGUGUGACUAACCAGGGAUCUAUAUCAUCUAUCUGCACCCUGCUCGAUACAUGUGAGAUUUGCUCCAAAGAAUUCAGAGGUUUCGUUGAUGUUUUCAGCAGGAGAGCAACUGGUUUUCACAGAUGGACAAAACUAUUUGAACUUAAAUUCUUUGAAGAAAAACUAUACUCUAGACAGUCAAACCAGGUGGGCAGGAAUUGUCCUCACAGCUGGUCAAUUUGCCUGGUGUCUGACCUUUAUUAAUGUAACCCCUGAAGAAUUUGAUGCUGUUGGCAUAACUCUGGCAAUAGUAAUCUGUGUGGUGCUUCACAUUGGUUGGUUUUGAAUGUGUUUCUUAAUAAUUGAAUCUGAGACAUAACGUUCACAUGGAUUUGUUUAGGGAUGAAACAUUAGUGUUGGAUAUUUCUGGUUGCAAUCUCUGUGUCUCUCUGGCAGAAAACAGGGAUAGAUGUCUCUCUCUUCAGCCUGGGCUGUUUAAAUUCUAAGAAGAUGAAGUUAUGGACAAGGGUUAAGGACAUGUUGAUGGUGGUAUAAUGGAGUCGAUGUAACCCAUACGUCUGGCUUUGACUGAAAUUGAAGGUGAUUCUUGAACCACGCAAUACAGCUUAACUGCAUCAUUUAAGAAUACUUCAAGAGGGGUGGCGAAUAGUAAUGUGAGACUUUGCGAGACGACGAGAUUAGCGUUUUUCUUUACGAGCCCGAGACAUUUUGAUUUCUUCAAUUG